UAACAAGGUUUGGCUUCAGGAUUAAGGGCAAUGUCCCGAUCAACAAAAAAAGAGUGACGGUAACAUGGGGUAUCUUUUAAGUUCUUAUUUAUUUAUUUCAUAAAAUUGAUCAACCGCUUGAUUGCAGGUAAAACCUCAAAGCGCUUUACAAAAAGAAGAAAAAACAGCAAGAUGUUUUUAGCAGGCCCCGGGGGGGGGGGGAGUAUGGUGAAGGUGCCUGCAAUACAUCAUUAGGCAGGGAAUUCAAAAGUGUUGGUGCUGCUACACUAAAAUAUCAAAUUCUUACUAAUGAGGAAUUGAUAUUAUGUGGAACCUAUAACAGUUCCAGUUCUACAGAUCGAAGCAUUCAUGAGGGAAUAUAUGGAGGGAGGCAAUCUUGCAGGUAGACUGGGAUAAGGGCGAGGGUGGCAGCUGUUUGGUUCAUAUCACGGGCGUAGUCAAGGGAGGGCAGGGGGUAGCUGCCCCCCCUCCGAUCAAGUAAAUAAAUAAAAAUACUUAACUGACCAGUCACAUCACAUAUAGCUUGGUUGCGCCCCCCAAAAAUCCUGCCCCUCCCAACAUAAAUCCUGGCUACGCCCAUGGUUCAUAUUCUGUAUAUUUGAGGAAGUAACUCGUUGUUUGUUGUGUGUCAACUACUGGAUAAAUAUUUGCAUUUUGGACAAAUGUUCAGAGCACCUAUGGAGCAGAUGGGUAAUGUGACUCUCCUGUUACGCAUAUUGGAAAACAGAGGGAUGACGCUGGCGUAUGUUUCGAAAGGUCAUAUUGUGGGAUCCGUAACUACCUUGGACUCUGCUGGUCUCUGUGUGCUGUCCAGCACAAAAUCCUAAAUCUUAAGGCGCCUUCAGAAAGCACUUUCAAUAGCGUGAUGCAUACUUUACCAAUACUGGAGAUAGAUGAUGGCACCUUGGACAAUGUGGAGGCAAGGGAGAAGCAGGCAGUUGGGGGGAAAGGAGAGCCGCGGCCCAUGGAAACCUCCUAUGAGCCGGAACGUCUUCCAUCUCCUAAGAUUGGGCUUAAGAUUCCUCCUCUGAGUAAAGAGAAGACUUUUAACAAGGAUCGCCUCUUUGGUGCUAUCGUGAGGGGGAACCCCGAGGAGCUGGAAGGACUGGGGGACUAUUUGCGAAGAAGUGGCAAAUAUCUUACCAACUCUGAGUACACAGAUGGAGAAACGGGCAAGACCUGCUUGAUGAAGGCCUUGCUGAAUUUAAAAGAUGGGGCAAACCCCACCAUCCCUUUGCUGUUGAAGAUAGACAAGGAGACCAAGAACCCAAGACCUCUGAUCAAUGUAGCUUGUAAGGAUAGAUUCUAUAAAGGCCACACAGCACUCCACAUUGCCAUUGAGGAGAGGAAUCUAGAUCUGAUCAAGCUCCUGGUGGAGAACGGCGCUGACGUCCAUGCCAAGGCCUGUGGAAAGUUCUUCCACCAGCAGGAGAAAGGGGCUUGCUUCUACUUUGGUGAGCUUCCCCUCUCCUUAGCUGCUUGCACCAACCAGCCAGAAGUGAUCAGGUAUCUCUUGGAUAACCCUCAUCAGAAGGCCAACCUGGCAGAGCGGGAUUCCCUCGGCAACACAGUCCUCCAUGCCUUGGUGAUGGUGGCCGAUGAUAUGGAUGAGAAGAACAGGGAGCUGGUGAUUGAGAUGUACAACAAGAUCCUGAUGCACAGUGCUACGCUCAACCUGAGCCAGAAACUGGAGGAAUUAAUCAACAGGGAAGGUUUGAACCCUUUGACCCUGGCCGUCAAGACUGGAAAAAUAGAGAUCUUCAAAAACAUUAUUCACCGCGAAAUCAAAGACCCGCAGUACCGUCACCUUUCGCGGAAGUUCACUGAAUGGACCUACGGGCCUGUCCGCAUCUCUCUCUACGACCUGACCUCCAUUGACAGCUAUGAGGAGAACUCUGUGUUGGACAUUCUUGCCUACAGCAGCGAUACUCCGAAGCGGUACGAGAUGGUGGUCCUGGAACCUAUAAACAAGCUUCUUCAAAGCAAAUGGGACUCUUUUGCUGCCAUGAGAUUUUACAUCAGUUUUUUCUCCUAUGUGCUGUUCAUGUCAGUGUUCUCAGCUGUUGCUUAUCACCGGCCUCUGGAGGGGAAGCCUCCUUUUCCAGUGACACUCACUGCUGGAGACGUAUUGAGGCUCAUUGGCCAGAUCAUUGUCUUAAUUGGAGGCGUGUAUCUCCUCAUUGAUCAGGCUUUUUACCUGUGGAGAAGGCGCCGGUCACUGACAACUCUGCUUCAGGACGGCUACAUUGAGAUUUUUCUGCUGUUGCAGUCAGUGACCCUGCUGGUUUCGGCAGUGAUGUACCUUGCAGGCCUGGAAGAUUACCUGUCUUGGAUGGUCUUCUCCCUCCUGCUCGGCUGGACAAACCUGCUGUAUUACAUGCGAGGCUUUCAGCAGACCGGGAUCUACGUUGUCAUGAUACACAAGGCUAUCCUGCGGAACCUCAUGCAUUUCCUCAUGGUCUAUGUGAUCUUCCUCUUCAGCUUUUCAACAGCCCUUGUCAUACUUACUGGGGAGGCUCCCCAGCCAGUCCAGAAUGGGUCUUCCCUCAUCAACAGUGAUGGCAAAGACCAAGUCAAGUAUGUUGGGCUGCUGCAGACUUCCCUGGAGCUGUUCAAGUUCACCAUUGGGAUGGGGGAGUUGGAGUUCCAACAGAACAUGAGGUUCAGGUACUUUGUGAUGUUCCUCCUGCUCUUCUAUGUCAUCAUGACUUACAUCCUCCUUCUGAACAUGCUGAUUGCCCUGAUGAGCGAGACGGUCACGGAGGUCUCUGAAGAUGGUCAAAAGAUCUGGAAGCUGCAGCGAGCAACUGCUAUUAUGGAGUUGGAGAAAAGCUGGGUUUGGCAUUGGCAGAAACCCAAGCGAUCUGGUUGCCAGCUGUCUAUCGGCUCCAAAGACAAGAAAGAUAAGAGAUAUUUUUUCCGAGUAGAAGAGCUAGAUUGGGCUAACUGGAAGAAAGAGGUUGGAGCCCUCAAGGAGGAGCCUGCAGACUCAGACCACAACGAGACAGUGUCAAAAGGGAAGCGCCUGUUGAACCGAGUAUCUCAGGGGGUGAGGGCACGAUUCACGAUGCCAGAGGUGGCGGAGGAACAGUUGCCGCUGCAAGACGGAAGCCACUGAGGGAGAGAACAUCAGGAGGGCAUGAUGGAUUGCUCACACCACGUGAACACCCACCUCCAGCUAUUCUCCUUCAAGGGCUUGAGAGCAAUCUGACCACGGCAACAAAAAAACAAAUCACUGUUAAGGACCACGCAGCAUGCCUUUUACAGGCCGGGUGUUUUUUAUUUAUUUAUACAUUUUUAUUAGUUUUUUAACAUAUCAUUUCCAACAAUCAUUUAACAUAAAUUCUUAUCUUAUACAAUAUUUUAGACUGCCAUCAACAACCUCUGAAGAUUGUCCGUUCUUUAUCACUUAUUCUGCAUUUCUUAAUUUCUCUAUUACUUUUAAUUAUCUUUAACUAAUAAUCCUCUUCAUAAUCUUCCUUGCAAUAUUUCACAUAAUCCCCCUUACAGAACUUCUUGCAAUCCUACUAGAGUAAUCUGUUUAUUACAAUUGCUUUUUAAAUAGUUCAAAUAUUUACUCCAGUCUUCUAAGAAUCUCUGGUCCCGCAGGUUUCGAAUCCUUCCUGUUAAUUUGUCUAAUUCUGCAUAGUCCAUUAAUUUCAUUUGCCACUCUUCUUUCGUCAGUAAUUCUUCUUGAUUCAAUUUCUGUGCCAGUAAUAUUCUUGCUGCCGUUAUUGCAUAUAAAAACAAUUUACAACCCUGUCUGUUAAUGUCCUCCCCUACAAUGCCCAGUAAAAAUGCUUCUGGUUUUUUAAUAAAUGUAGGCUAGGUGUUAACAGUCUUGCUUUAGAGGAAGGUUAGUUCAAAGAGUUUCCUAUCAAAGAGUUUCAGGCUAAGACCAUCAGAAGGGCCUGGCUGCACUGAUACCUGGGUGUGAUGCCCUGGGACCCAAGUGGAUAUCAGUAACGCUCACUAAUUCAGACAACUUCAUGUAGCAGGUUGCAGAACACCAACAUUUUGCAUGCAACAGGAAAAAAAUAAUGAAUUUAUAAACUUUGCUCAAAACUACCUUUUGCUGUAGUAAUUAGGAGCAGGCUGCUCUGACCAACGAGAUUAGUUUUAGGGGUCCACGGUCUGUUCAUGCAUUCUGUUAUCCAAUCAUAUUGCUGAAAGGGAUUGUUCACGAGAUAGAGAGUGUUAUAAAAGUGUUUGAAUUUUGCAUUCUAGGUCCAGAAUUUGGAGAACUCCUCUGGGUUAUUUAUGCUUACUGCAGCCUGUAAUAAAAUCUGAACUCUU